GUCGAUGGCCAGAGGGCAGCUCGUCCGCCCGAGGACAUCGCGGCGGGCCGGAUCGAAGUUUACCCCCUCAGCCCCUGGCCCCGGGCGAAAUACCGACCUCUUCUGCCACCCGUGGGACCCUCGAUGCCGCCCACUCUGCCGCGUCAUACGACCCCGGACUUUCGAUCUUCAGCAGUCGGAAGCGACACUAGCACUCGCCAUGUACUACUAGCCUACUUAAUGCCAGUGAGGCCCUCCUCGUCCGUGCAAAGGAAAGAGGAGGCUAUUAGACUGACCCCAAACCCCAUCAUCAUCGACUCCCAGACAUCCCUCUUUGCACCCUGCGUAACCUCCCGCCUGCUGUACACCCACCAAACACGAUCACCACGAUCACCACUACCCCGCGGAACCCCGCCAUCUGUAUCACCCAUUCGUACUGCUCGUACCGCCACAAUGGCUUCCAACGGCGCCAACGGGACCAACGGCGCUGCCGCCAAGGACAACAACAGCAAAUACGACCCCAACUUCACACAGCAUGUCAUCGACCUGAUGAGCCCAGAGACCCUGCCCAGGCAUAGGGAGAUCCUGUCCUCGCUGAUCCGCCACAUGCACGACUUCUGCAGGGAGGUCGAGCUCAAGCAGGACGAGUGGAUUGUCGGUGUCAAUUACGUAAAUGCCAUUGGCCAGGCCUACCAGAAGAACCGCAACGAGGCAUGGCGGGUGUGCGACAUCCUCGGUAUUGAGUCGCUCGUCGACGAGAUCAACCACAAGGUUCAGGCCGCCAACGGCGCAGAGCCCACAUCAUCCACCAUCCUGGGCCCCUUCUGGUCGCCCGAGACGCCCUUCCGCAACAAUGGCGACAGCGUAGUCCAGAACAUGCCCGCUGAUGGGCAGCUCACCUUCUUCCACGGUGUCAUCAAGGAUGCUGAGACGGGCAAGGGCAUCCCCAACGCCGUCUUUGACAUGUGGCAGGCCAGCACAAACGGCAAAUACGAUGUCUUUGACCCUGAGAACCAGACCCGCCACAACCUCCGCGGCAAGUUCCGCACCGACGCAGACGGCAAGUUCUACUUCUACUGCCUCAAGCCGACCGAGUACGCCAUCGACACCUCGGGCCCCUCGGCCGAGCUGCUGCGCAUCAUGGGCCGCCACCCCUACCGCCCCGCCCACAUCCACAUGAUGGUCACCCACGACGACUACGUCGGCGUCACCGCCCAGCUCUACCCCAGCGACGACCAGUACCUCGAGACCGACACCGCCUGCGCCGUCAAGCCCGACCUGCUGCUCACCUUCAAGCCCGUCACCGGCGAGAAGAACGGUGCCGUCCUCGACGUCGAGUACGACGUGCGCCUCGUCUCCAAGAAGUACAAGCCCGACAACACCAUGUUGAUGCAGAACGCGAACCAGAACAAGUUUUAAGGAAAAGCCGCGUCUUUUUAAUUGAUCUUGUGUGUGAGUAUGUGCUUGGGAGUUCAUUUGGGCCGGGACCUGUACAUGAAAACGGAGGACCGCAUUUGUAGGGAAAAUUCAACACAAUACCCGCAUUUAUUUCAUGUCUUGCUACCAAUUUGCCUGAAAUGUGCCUGUCUGUCGCUACAUGUUGACGUCGGAUCUGCAACGUGCCUGUGCUCCUAGGCGUCUACUUCCAAUCCGCCGUCCAAAUCGUCGCUGGGAGCUGUUCGACGAGAAGGUUUGUCGUGGAAUCCCAGCAGAGAGAAUACUCUCAUCCCGUGCAUCCAUCUGAGCGCAUAAUGGUGGUGCACAUUUAAUCGACACCCAGACGAGAGUUGCGAACAAGGGUAUUUUACA